CGACAAUUUCGAGAAUCUUCUGGAGGCGACGUUAUAAAAAUGAGCCGACGAGUGAGCUCAGCGGCAUUCCGCUUAGAGUUAUCGACGCGUGUACGCUAUCAAAGUAAUUAGAGAAAUUCGACAUCGUGCGUGAAAUAGAUUAUUUCACUUCCGUUAAGUGUGACUACCGGAGUUAUUCCGAGACAGACGAUAUUUCGCUGUUUAUCCGCCGCGUGUAAAUCACGAUUGCAUUCGUAUGCAUUAGCAUGAAUAUUCCUUUAAUUACAGCGUACAUAGGGUGUUCGACCUAGAAUCACCGGCGUCUAACUGUUCGCGCGCUUUGCCGAUCUAUCGGCAGUCGCAUCUCGCGCUCAAAGUCUUUCGCGGCAUCCUCGCUCGCACGUCCACGUAAUAUCGCAAACAAAAAGAAAUGAUGAGUCAGAACAAAAAGUGUACUAACUUGAAUGAGAUAAAUAACAAGUUUACAGAAGAAGUAUUAACAAAUAUCCUUUCUAAAGCAUGUAAGAAAGAAGUGCAACUGACAGAUUGGAAUUUUAAUGAGGGAUCUGCUAAAGGUGACAAUUAUUUGUCAAAUAUCUAUAAGGGCAAAAUGAAUGGUAUUAUCAAUGAUAAUUCAAGACAACAUGUGCAAGUGAAUAUCAUCGUAAAGUCAAUGCCAAAAAAUCCUGGCACAAGAAAGACUCUCAGAUGCGCAGAGUUUUUCCAUAAUGAAAUUGCUUUCUAUACAGAGGUUGUCUCUAAAUUUGAAAACUUUUUAGCAGAAAAGGGACAGAGCGAUCUGUUAUGUAUACCACGUCAUAUAGUCUCUUUCACAGAUAAUGAAAAUGAUUUUCUGGCCCUGGAAGAUGCCUCUUGCUUAGGAUUUUCUACCGCAUCGAGACAUAACUGCUUAGACUGGACAGAAUGUACAGCAAUCUUGAAGACACUGGCUAAAUUUCAUGCAAUUUCAUUCGCGUACAAGGAUCAAAAGAAAGAAGAAUUUAUAAAAAUUGCAGAUUCUUUAAAAGAAACUUUCUUUGGCAGUAACCAUUGGGACUGGUACAAAAAUUAUCAUAAAAAGUCACAAGAUGUAAUUAAACAUGCAAUAGCCACCGAAUAUCCCAAUAGCGAAGCUGAAAAAAAGUACAAUUCUUAUAAAUUCGAUGCCCUUUUCACUAAGUGCAGAGAAUUAUGUGAGAGAAAACUCGCACCCACAUCUGUUGUAAUAGAGGGUGAUUGUUGGGCUCCAAAUUUUUUAAUCCGCAAUAUUGGACAAAGUCAAAAGGAAGCAUUAAUGCUUGACUUUCAGCUUGCACGUUGCGCUAGUCCCAUCUUGGACUUAUCAUUCCUAAUUUAUUCUUGCACUUUAAAGUCAUUUCGUGAUCAAUAUUUUGAUGAUAUGUUAAAAACUUAUCAUUCCGAAUUGAGCAAUGCUAUUAAAUCUCUUAGAUCUGAUCCAGAAAAAAUUUAUCCAUGGGACUUAUUCAUGCAGGAGGUAAAGGAGCAAUUUGUUUUUGGUGUAUUUAAUGCACUUGAAGCUAUUCAAGUAGGCUUAAUGAAUGUACCUGAAUCAUUCACCAUAGAUACCGCUAUUCAAGACAACGAAGCAGUAGAUAUUGGUGAAAUAGUAUCAUUACCUAAUAUUGCAACAACAAGUGGAAGACAAAGAUUAGCAGAUGUGAUAGUUCAUGCUUUUGAAAAAGAAUAUAUCUGAUAUAAACUUGUAUAAAAUUAUUUCUUGAUAAAUAGUAUUAAAUGUCAAAAUAAUAAAAGUGUUAUCCAAUUUGAUUUUUUAUACUUGCUUUUAUUGAAAGUAAUUAAAAAAAAAUUGUCAAACUUUUAUGUACAAAGGUUUCCAAAGAAUUUUUUGAGAACAUGAAUUUUAUUUCAUUGACAAUAUAUUUUCAUUGCCAUAAUUUUCUCAUAUUUUUGCUAUAUUUAUGUUAUGGAGAAAAUUAUAUCAUAAAAUACAUAUACAAUGAUAUUAAACACAGAAUAUUUGCAGAGUAUUUUGGAAUAAGCUAUUAUCGAUGGACUCCUUGUCCACUUUAAAAUUUUUUUUUUUUAAUGAGAAGAAUCAUCAUUAGUCAUGUUUUCAAAUUUUUUAUAUAUAUUUUUUCUUAUAUAUGUAUAAUAAAUCAUUCAAAUUAUAAAUCUGUAAAGCAUUUACUUGAAAAUGAAAUGAGAAAUAAAAUUUUACCAUCUA